AUAUAGGUACAUCAACACGGGAGGGCAAACCGAUUUUCGAUUGGCCUUCUUCUAUUUAAGUUUUAUCCGUUUAUAACAUGAAAAAGAUUAAUUGAAAGAAAGAGAGACGUCCAAACAUGGACCUUGUCGUCUGUCGCAGCUUCUGCACCUCACACUACUGGAAACCGGCGAGUCUCCGGCCAAUUUUAUCUUCUUAUCGCGCUACUUAUAGCUCUACUUCUCCAAAAUACCGCCUCAAAGCGACUUCGGAUCUCCAGACGUCGGUGGGAGUAACUAGCCAAGUCGGGAACUAUUCUCCGGCAGUUCCCACACAUAAAGUCACUGUUCAUGAUAGGCAACGAGGAGUCAGUCACGAGUUUCUUGUUCCUGAGGACCAGUAUAUACUGCAUACUGCUGAAUCACAGAACAUUUCACUUCCAUUCGCUUGCAGGCACGGCUGUUGCACUAGUUGUGCUGUGCGGGUAAAAUCUGGACAACUUAGACAGCCAGAAGCACUAGGGAUAUCUGCUGAAUUGAAAUCAAAGGGAUAUGCACUUCUUUGUGUGGGUUUCCCAUCUUCUGAUCUUGAAGUUGAAACACAAGAUGAGGAUGAGGUGUAUUGGCUUCAGUUUGGAAGAUAUUUUGCCCGAGGACCAAUUGAAAGAGAUGACUAUGCAUUGGAGCUGGCCAUGGCUGAUGAAUAGACAAUGCAGCCCACGGAAAGUAACCAAAAGUGAGCAUCUAUCUAGUCUAGCAUCUGGAUUAAUCCUUUUUAUUUUUUCGCUUCAUUGUCUCUUCUUCUCUCUAUGGUGAUUGCGGGUCGAUAUGCAUCUAAAGCUUGAAUGUUUCUUUAAGAUAUGUAGUAUCCUUUUGAUGUGUGUUUUACAUGUGCAUGUAUGCUUCUUGUAUCCUUAGAUUAUGAUAUAUUAAUUAACCUCAAUUAUUUCUCUCUUUACUUAUUGACAAAA